AACGACUCGGAGCUGUUUGUUGGAGAGGUUUUUGGCUGCGUACUUAGUACCUAUUGCAAUUUUGAAGGUUCGGGUGUAAGUUGAGGGCAGAGCAUCGCGAGCAGUGUUGCUGAAAGGUGAGGUGCGGUGUGCUGAGUUGAGGCGUCAUGGCGACAGCGCAGGGGCAGCAAUGGAUCCGUCUUAGCCCUGAGGUCAGCCGCCAUCAUCGACACACCAAUCGAGAUGAACACGCCUGUUUUCUCCGGAUCUGUUGCGAUGCAUGUGGUGUGUGUGUGUGUGUGCAGAAGACGAUAGAGUUUCCGACGAGUGGUGCGAAUGCGUCGGUGACGGUGAAUCUGAAGCUGACGAACGUGUCGGGCGGAUACCUGGCAUACAAAAUCAAGACCACUGCACCACGCAAGUAAGGACUGACUGUGUGCACACACGGUGGGUGGACACACAAACAUACCAUGGCAUGCAACACAACAGCGGCACCGGUAUGUAUGCACGUGGUGCGUGUCAUGGCAUGCAGCUACCUGGUGCGGCCUAGCUCGGGUGUCAUCAACCCCCAGGGCGAUGCCAUCGUCGAGAUCAUCCUCCAGGCCAACGCCACCGGUGAGCACACACACACCACUCACACGCACCACAACCACAACCACUGCGCCGCUUUGCUUUGUGUGUCUGCCCGUCCGUUGUCCACCAGGUGAGGGCGGUCCCCCGACCAACGACAGGUUUCUGGUGCAGGUCACCCCCACGAGCAGCAACCAGCCGCCCGCCCGCGACCAGUGGACCACCAUCGCCAAGGAGCACAUCCAGGACCACCGGCUCAACGUCGUCUUCAAGGAGACCGCCGGCACACCAGGCAACGCCUUGCCCAACGGCGUGCGCCCGCCGCAGCCUGGCGGGGCUCACGAGGACACCAACCUGCCACAGCAGCAGCAGCAGCAGCAGGGGGCCGCUGCGGGUGGUGGUGGUGGGGAGGGCACGGUGUCGGUUCAGGAUUUGCAGAGCAAGUACAGUGAGUUGCUGCAGUACAACAAGGCGGUGGAGAAGGAGAAGGCGCAGCUGGAGAAGCAGGUCAAGGCCCUCAAGGAGCAGCAGGGAGCGGGCAGGAAGGGCUGCCCCACCUAUGUGGUCGUCCUCGUCAUCGCCGUCUCACUCGCCAUCGCCAAACUCGUCGCCUGGUUUUAACAAACCCACCCCGCCAUCCAUCCAUCCAUCCAGCUGUGAAUUGAAUGCGUGCGUCCGUCGGUGGGGGUGUGGUGUGUCUGGUGGUGGUGGUGGUGGCGGUGCAUGCCAUACGUGCGUGGCGUGUGUUCACUCACGUGUGCCGAUACAUAACAUACAUACAUGGUGGCUGGUCUUCAUCGAGGGAGGUGCGAGUGUUUUUAAUGGCGGACGGUUGCGUUGCGAGAGAGAGG